UUGAAUUGCAGUUUAGUCGUAGCAAAAUUGUAGAUCUAAAGGACGAUCUAAGAAUCAUAUGGACCAAUGAUCAUCUGCGUUCAUUAAUUGACGAGAGAAAAACUAGGAACGUUGAAUAUUAUGACAUCGUGGAUAUUAGUAGAGAGGAUUUUUGGAAUAGCAUUGCAAAUAAGAUCAAUGGACAAUUUAAUAUCACUUAUUCCGGAUAUCAAUGCAAAGGAAAGUUUCAAAGUCUGGUAAAAAACUAUAAUUCGAUGUGCCUGUAUAUGUCGGGUGAUAAUUCUGGUAGGAAAAGUAGAACGGGCAAAUGUUAUUUUGAGGAAUUUCGUACUCGCUUUUGGGAGAAACCUGUCGCUGUGAAUCUCCGGCGGGUCAAAGAGAUCGAUCCGCAUCUCCAACCCGAAGAACUCCUAGCAGAAGAGACGAAACUACCAAUCGAGAUAAUGCAAGUAAUUUGG